AUGGCCGUAAAAUUAUUUGUUGGUGGUCUGUCUUGGGGUACCGACGACCGUACUCUCAAGAGUAAGUUUGAAGAAUUCGGCAACGUCGAAGACGCUGUUGUUAUUCGUGACCGCGAUACUGGCCGAAGUCGUGGUUUUGGUUUCGUAACAUACUCAUCUAAUGAAGAAGCCGAGGCGGCUAUUCAAGGCCUGAACGAUAACGAGCUUGAUGGCCGCACUAUUAAGGGUGAGUUGCAUAUUCCAACUAGUUCAAUUAAUUCUAUUGCCAUUUAUUAA